AUGGGGCACUGGCAGAACAGAACGUUACUGCUGAUCAUCUGGAGGGUGACAGUGGGUGACGAGGGGACGUACGUGUGUGCAGUGAAUGGCACUGCUGUCACACAGGAGGCUGCUGCUCACCUGGAUGUCACAGCCAUUGGUCACCAGCCAACUCUGGCCAGAGAUCUACAAGAGGACAGUUGGUGUCACUACACGUGUAGGUCAAAGCGAUGGUACCCAAAGCCUGACAUCACCUGGACCAACUAUGGAGGAGACACAUUAAAUGUGGAGGCCAAGACCAACAUCACCUGGAGUGAGAAGGACCAUUUCGUGGUCCAAAGCACCAUCCAAGUGCCCUGUGAGACUGUAGAUGUCGUGUGUGUGGUCAAACUCAUUGAAUCCAAGAUCAGCCUCUCAGGUUCCUUGAAUGAACUUCUUCUGCCACAGUCGAGCACUUGCACCUACAAGGGCAGAACAAGAGGUUCCUACGUAGACCCCAAAGUGAUGUGGCUUAAUCCCCAAGGAGAAGAUCUCUCUGCACUGGCCCAGACCAGCAUCCUCCUGGAGAUGGGCAAUAUUUUUGAAAUAGAAAGCUCCAUCGAGAUACCCUGUGGACAACUACCACCUUCUUUUGUGGCCACUGACAAGGAGAGCAGUCCACAGGUUGCUCAGCAGGCAGAAAACAUCAACCUUUUCUGGAUAAUCUACUUGCUUCCACUCAUUAUUUUACAAGCCCAUCUCCAGAGGCAGAAAGGGGAGCUCCAGACCCAACUCAGGACAUCCCAGGAUGCAGAGAAGGGGAAGCAGAAGGAGAUGGGUGAGUGUUGCUGUGUCCUUGGGGACCCUGCGUGGAAGAAGAUCAUGGGGGACAGUGCCAGGAUUGCCCAUUGUGACCCCAAGAUUUUUCCAUUUUACCCCAAAUUGGGCCUUUUGGACCCUCAGAACAUCAAUUUUGACCCUGAAAUAUUCCAUUUUGACCCUAAAUUUGCCCACUUUGACCCCCCAAUUUGCCCAUUUUACCCCAAGAUUGCCCAUGAAAUCCAGGUCGAUGAGGACUCAGCCCACCCAAACUUGUCUAUUUCUGGGGACAAGAAGAGUUUCACACAUCAAACACAAGCCCAAAAAAUGACCCAAAACGAGGAGAGUUUCGACUCCACCGUCUGUGUCCUGGGCUCCCAAGGUUUUUCCUCUGGGAAACAUUAUUGGGAGGUGGAGGUUGAAAAAAGCAACAACUGGGAUUUGGGAGUAGCCAGAAGAUCUGCUCCAAGGAAAGGGAUCGUGUCCCUGUCACCCAAAGAAGGAUUUUGGGUCCUGGGAUUAAGUUUUAAUGAUUAUUGGGCAAGAACGGAGCCCUGGACACGGUUGGUGGUGCAGAAAAAUCCCAGGAAAAUUGGAGUUUUCCUGAAUUUGGAGGAGAAGAUCCUGAGUUUUUACAAUGUGACUGACACGUCCAUCAUGUUCACCUUCAAAGACUGUGACUUCUUCGAGGACAUUUACCCUUUCUUCAAGAAUUCACACAAAGAAUCGACCCUGCGGAUUUGUUCCGUUAAAGAGGAGUAA